AUGUUAUUGCGGUCUGCUACGUGGCAUGACCUUAAGGGAAAGCAUGGUAUAGAGAAGCAGCCAUUUCAUCUUUCUGAUCUCAUCGCUGCAACCAGAAUUGAGAAAACUAGACAGAGAAGAACGAAGAUUCGAUAUGGCAAGGAUCUUAGUUACUCCAAGUUUCCAAAAGAGCCAAUGCAAUUGAAGACUGAGUGGUGUAAUUCAGACAAAAACAAUGACAUUGUGAGGAAAUUGUGA